AUGGCUCCGCGGAAGAGAAGUAAUCGAGGGAUCUCCUUUAUUUUCUGCUGUUUUCGGAGUAAUGAGCAUCCAGAGAUUACGUAUCGAUUAAGAAAUGACAGCAACUUUGCCCUGCAGUCAAUGGAGCCGGCAUUGCCCGUCCCUCCGAUCGAGGAGCUUGAUGCUAUGUUUGCAGAGCUGGUGGAUGAGCUGGACCUCUCAGACAAGCACAGGGAAGCCAUGUUUGCCCUUCCAGCUGAGAAGAAAUGGCAGAUUUACUGCAGCAAGAAAAAAGAAGAAAAUAAAGGUGCUACAAGCUGGCCAGAAUUUUACAUUGAUGAAUUAAAUUCUAUGGCUGCUAGGAGAACGUUGCUGGCAAUGGAGAAGGAAGAUGAAUAUGAAAGAAACAAAACCAUAGAGAGCCUAAAAACUGCACUGAGGACAAAACCCAUGAGGUUCGUCACCAGAUUUAUUGAGAUGGAUGGUUUAACGUGCAUUUUGAACUUCCUUAAAAACAUGGACUAUGAAAUAGCAGAGUCUCAAAUACAUACCUCUCUCAUCGGCUGCAUUAAGGCGCUGAUGAACAACUCUCAGGGACGGGCUCAUGUCUUGGCCCAUUUGGAGAGCAUUAAUGUGAUCGCUCAGAGUCUGGCAACUGAGAACAUCAAAACUAAGGUGGCUGUGUUGGAAAUUAUGGGUGCUGUUUGCUUAGUCCCUGGAGGACACAAGAAAGUUCUAGAAGCCAUGGUGCACUACCAGAAAUAUGCCAGUGAGAGAACGCGCUUCCAGACCCUGAUUAAUGACCUGGACCGGAGUACAGGAAGGUACCGUGAUGAAGUGAGCCUUAAGACUGCCAUCAUGUCCUUCAUUAAUGCUGUUCUGAGCCAAGGAGCAGGUGUGGAAAGCCUGGAUUUCCGACUUCACCUCAGAUACGAAUUUCUAAUGUUGGGGAUUCAACCAGUAAUUGAUAAACUCCGUGAACAUGACAAUUCGACACUUGACAGGCAUUUAGAUUUCUUUGAAAUGCUGCGAAAUGAAGAUGAGCUUGAAUUUGCUAAACGAUUUGAGCUGGUCCACAUAGACACUAAGAGUGCCACUCAGAUGUUUGAGCUGAUUCGGAAGAGAAUAACGCACUCCGAAUCCUAUCCGCACUUUAUGUCUAUUCUACACCACUGCCUCCAAAUGCCUUAUAAAAGAAGCGGCAACACUGUGCAUUACUGGCUACUUCUGGACAGAAUAGUUCAACAAAUCGUCAUCCAGAAUGACAAAGGGCAAGAUGCGGACAUCUCCCCACUGGAGAAUUUUAAUGUCAAAAAUGUUGUUCGAAUGCUGGUUAAUGAGAAUGAAGUCAAGCAAUGGAAGGAGCAGGCCGAGAAGAUGAGGAAAGAACACCAAGAGCUGCAGCAAAAGCUGGAGAAGAAAGAGCGGGAGUGUGAUGCCAAAACUCAGGAGAAAGAGGAGAUGAUGCAGACUCUGAACAAGAUGAAGGAGAAGCUAGAAAAGGAGUCUUGUGAAAAUAAGCAGGUCAAACAACAAGUGAUGGAGCUCACAGCACAAAUACAAGAGCUCAGCAAAAGAACAGUCUGCCCUCCUGUACCUGGAGGACCUCCACCUCCGCCUGGAGCACCGGGUGGGCCAGUAUCUUUGCCUUCUGGGAAUAUGAUGCCUCCGCCACCCCCACCUCCUCCACCACUACCUGGUGGGAUGGCUCCUCCACCCCCUCCUCCUCCGCCCCCUGGUGGUCCACCUCCUCCCCCAGGACUUCCAUUUCUAGGAGGAAUGACUGCACCACCUGGGGCACCUCUAGGUGCUGCUUUGAAAAGGAAAAAUAUACCCCAGCCAACAAAUCCACUCAAAUCUUUCAAUUGGUCUAAGCUGGCAGAGAACAAGUUGGAGGGGACCCUCUGGGUCGACCUAGAUGACAGUAGGGUUUUCAAAAUAUUAGAUUUGGAAGACAUUGAGCGGACGUUCUCUGCUUACCAAAGACAGCAGGAUUUCUCGAUCAACAAUGGCAUUAAACAGAAAGAAGCGGAUACCACUGAUGAUACACUGGGCUCCAAGAUGAAGGUGAAGGAACUCUCUGUAAUAGAUGGAAGAAGAGCACAGAACUGCAAUAUUCUCCUCUCCAGGCUGAAGCUGUCGAAUGAUGAAAUUAAGCGUGCCAUUUUGACAAUGGAUGAACAGGAAGACCUACCAAAAGACAUGUUGGAACAGCUCCUGAAGUUUGUUCCAGAAAAGAGUGAUAUUGACUUGCUAGAGGAGCACAAACAUGAGUUGGAUCGAAUGGCCAAAGCGGACCGAUUCCUCUUCGAGAUGAGCAGGAUCAACCACUACCAACAGCGGCUGCAGUCUCUGUAUUUCAAAAAGAAGUUUGCAGAAAGAGUUGCUGAAGUCAAACCAAAGGUAGAUGCAAUUCGUGCCGCUUCUAAGCAAGUGCUGCAGAGUAAAAGCUUAAAGCAGCUGUUGGAAGUGGUUCUUGCUUUUGGAAACUACAUGAACAAAGGACAGCGAGGAAACGCUUACGGGUUUAAAAUUUCCAGCUUAAACAAGAUUGCCGAUACCAAAUCCAGUAUAGACAAGAACAUCACCCUUUUGCACUAUCUUAUAACUGUGGUAGAAAAGAAGUAUCCCAAAGUUGUCAGCCUGCAUGAAGAGCUCCAAAGUAUCCCUGAGGCUGCAAAAGUCAAUAUGACCGAGCUGGAGAAAGAGGUCAGUAACUUGAGGAAUGGCUUGAAAGCUGUAGAAACUGAGCUGGAAUAUCAGAAGACUCAGUCCUUUGUGCCUGGGGACAAGUUUGUCUCUGUUGUCAGUCAGUUUAUUACUGUCGCUGGCUUCAGCUUCUCAGAUGUUGAGGAUUUGCUGGGAGAGUCCAAGGAGCUGUAUGUGAAGGCAGCCAAACAUUUUGGAGAGGAAACCAACAAGAUACAGCCAGAUGAGUUCUUUGGGAUUUUUGACCAGUUUCUCCAGGCUUUGUCUGAAGCGAAGCAGGAAAACGAGAACAUGAGGAAGAGGAAGGAAGAGGAGGAACGGCGGACACGUAUGGAGGCACAGCUUAAAGAGCAGCGUGAACGGGAACGCAAAGCCAGGAAAGCCAAGGAAAAUGGAGAAGAGGAAGGAGAGUUUGAUGAUCUUGUCUCCGCUCUUAGAUCGGGAGAAGUCUUUGAUAAGGACCUUUCCAAACUCAAAAGGAACCGCAAACGCAUUGUCAGCCAAACUACAGACAGCAGCCGGGAGAGGCCUGUGACAAAGCUGAAUUAUUAA